UGAGCGGCUUUGGCAUUUUCUGUGUCUCCAUGCGCCGCCUCCUACUCUCUGAGGGGCUGAGUUUUGCAGCUUGUGCUAGGUUUUUUUCUCUCCGGUUGUUUGUCUCAUUUGAAACUUUGUCGCUGUUUCUCAAACCGCCUGAAGGUGUCGGGGGUUUUUCAAGCUAUUUUGAAGCUCGUUUUUCCCAGAUGUGUGUGUUUUUUUUCUCAAUGUAACUUUUUUUCUUCUUCGUAAAGUUUCCGCCCAUGUGACUUUCAGCUUACGUCCCUCGCAGCUUCCGAGAAACCACAGGAGCCUAAGACCUAGACAUCACUGCAAGGUGCAGUGACAGAGAGGAGAGAGGUGCAGGGAGGGACUGGGGCAGAGUGGCAGAGAAAGUGACACAGGGAGAGCAACAACGUGACAAAGAGAGGGACGGGGAAAGAGGCAAAGAAAGUAACCAAGGGAGAGAGGGAAAGACGGCAGGGGAAGGGAGGGGUGAGUAAAAGCCAAAGGAAACCAAGAUCACCAAGGACACAGAGGAAGCAGAAGAGGCCCUGGGCAGAGGGACGCGAGCCAUGCCCCAUAGCUCUGACAGCAGCGACUCCAGCAGCUUCAGCCAGUCACCCCCACCUAGCAAACAGGAUUCUUCUGAUGACAUGAGGAAAGUUCAGAGGAGGGAGAAGAAUCGCAUCGCAGCUCAGAAGAGCAGGCAGAGGCAGACCCAGAAGGCAGACACCCUGCACUUGGAGAGCGAGGACCUGGAGAGGCAGAACGCUGCCCUGCGCAGGGAGAUCAAGCAGCUGACAGAAGAAAUGAAGCAUUUCACCUCAAUGCUGAGUUCCCAUGAGCCCCUCUGCUCCAUCCUGACCACGGUGCCCCAACCGCCCCCGGAGGUGCUGUAUGCCACACACUCCUUCCACCAGCCCCACAUCAGUUCCCCACGCUUCCAGCACUGAGCCUGGCCACAAGGACACGCAGCCUGCAGGUUCCACAAAUGGAAAUCAGAGACCCCAUGGGGCUCACUCUUUGGUUCGCAGGAGGGACAUGGACUGUUACAGCUAUUCCUGCCCCUCCUUCAAGCGUCUACUGAGCCAGGCCCAGGGUCACAUGUCUAGGAGUUGGCCCCGGUGCAGAUAUGGCAGAACACCAGGAGGCAUCUUCAGGGAGGUUAAAUCUCAGAUCAACAGAGAAGGGAAGCGUUUGCAAAUUGGCACCAAUCCCUGUUCUGUUGUUUGCACUGGGACCCUCGCAUGGGUCUAUGUGACACAGGAACCCUGUCUCCAUGUGAGCAGUCAGCUGGAGACUUCACCAGUGAGUGCUCCUAGGAGAGGAGCGCUGGGAAUGAGGGGCCAUGGGGUAG